UGGCGCAUAUUGGCCCGCCUCCGUCCUCCUAGCGCGCCGCCGGCCUCUCCCUCGGCUGAAACUCGAAGCUCUUCCGCGCCCCCGCUCGCCCCCCGAACCUUCCAGAAGCUUCCAGCGCGCAGUUGCCCCGAGAGCCGAGCGGCAUGGCGUCGGCCAUCUCCGCGGGGCCCACGCCGCCGGCCGCGGCGCCGUCGUCGGUGGAGUGGCACCAGCGGCCGCCGAACCCCAAGAACCCGGUGGUGUUCUUCGACGUGACCAUCGGGUCCAUCCCGGCCGGGCGCAUCAAGAUGGAGCUCUUCGCCGACAUCGUCCCCAAGACCGCCGAGAACUUCAGGCAGUUCUGCACUGGCGAGUACAGGAAAUCAGCUAUUCCACAGGGGUAUAAGGGUUGUCAGUUCCAUCGAGUGAUCAAAGAUUUCAUGAUUCAGGGAGGUGACUUCGUAAAGGGUGAUGGCAGUGGAUGCAUAUCAAUCUAUGGCACCAAAUUUGAUGAUGAAAAUUUCAUUGCGAAGCAUACUGGGCCUGGCCUGCUCUCCAUGGCGAACAGUGGAGCUAACUCUAAUGGGUCUCAGUUCUUUUUAACUUGUGCAAAGUGUGAGUGGCUGGACAACAAGCAUGUGGUUUUUGGGAGGGUGCUGGGAGAUGGUCUGCUCGUGCUGCGGAAGAUUGAGAACGUCGCGACUGGACCAAACAACCGGCCGAAGCUUGCCUGCGUGAUAAGUGAGUGCGGUGAGAUGUAGCUUGCUUUUUGAGCGCGGCAUGUCCUAGCGCUGCCUUGACAUGGAUGAAAGUACUGAAUCACUGGAAACAGAUUGGAGUCUAGAGCAUUGCUGUAUUAAUCUACUUAUUGUGACUUGUGGGCAUGCGGAAUUUGGACUCUGACAAACUGGCAACAUGUAUCUGUAUCAGCCAAUGCUGUAGAGCCUUUAAAAAAACGUGUAUGGUGUUGAAUAAUAUUCAAAGCAGGAGAUGUGGUUUCAUGACUUCA